AUGGACUGUCAACUGAUUGGGUAUUGGCAUCAUUCUUGUUUAUUACCUGUGGUUGGCCAUGAUACAUCCUGUAAUCAGCAAGAUAAUAAGAAUUGCCAUAACCAGUUACUAACGCCUUCCCAAGUUUACAUGUCUCGUACGCAAAAAUAUGUGUUUAUGCAAAUUCGCUCUCCAGUUAUUUCGGGUGGUGCCGCGACAUUUUGUGCUGACCUUGUAAAGUGGAUUAGUCAGAAGGGUUUCCAUCGCGUUGUUCUUGCUACGAGCUGUUACAUUCACGAAAAAAUUAACACCAGUAUAGGAAGUGGAUUUAGAUAUUUGACAAGUCGUGCAGCUUGUGAAUUAAGAGAUCGGUUAGAGAACAAUUGCUCCUGGGUAGGAUUAGAAGAAUGCCCAUCAACUAUCGGCAAUAACAAAGAAAAUAUUCCUUUAAUUGUAAUAAUAUCACUAUGCACCGAAGGAAAUGCUAUUGAGAUGGCGUUGCGAUUGGAUUCACAUCUCAAUGAUUGGCUACAGUUUCUACCGCAUCAUCAACAACAAUCUUCUGUCCAUCCGGAACAAGGAUUACUUGCUCCGUGGAUUAUGCCGAAGUCGUGGGAAGUAUUGCUAAACCGUCAUGUUCCGUCCGAUCUCUAUUAA